GUAACAGGAAGUAAAAUUACGCCAUAAUUUUAGUACAAUAUGUUAAAUGAAAUAAGAAAGUAUUUCUUUUGAAAUGGCUACUAUAUAUGUAAAUGAAGGUUUUACUGAAUUUGACGCUAAAAUAGAAGAAGGCAUUGUCCCAGAAACGGAUAUAAAGACUGACGUGUAUGAAUCUCUACAAAAAACCAAGGAUUGUGAGUUAUAUCAGACAAUAAAUCAGGAAGUUGACAAAAAAGUUAUUUCACGGAAGAAAAUACUAUACAUUUUACUCAUUUUCCUGUCGGCAGCAGUCAUUGGGCUUAUUGGCGUUAUCAUUCUAUUCGCUUCUACUACUAAAACAGAUGGAAUCUGGGAAAGCUGGCAGAUGUGGAGUAACUGUAGUACUGACUGCGGUGGUGGUUUCAGGACAAGGUCGAGGACUUGCUCAAAUCCAACACCGUCUCAUGGUGGAAGAUAUUGUCAAGGGAAUUCCAUUGAUACAGAGUCGUGUGGAAACGAGUAUUAUGAUACACAGAACAGAAAGCUUGGUCAAAUUGAUAAUUAUGGAAGCUGGGAAAGCUGGCAGAUGUGGAUUAAUUGUAGCGCUGACUGCGGUAGAGGUUUCAGGACAAGGUCAAGGACUUGCUCAAAUCCAACACUGUCUCGUUGUGGAAGACACUGUCAAGGAAAUUCCGUUGAUAUAGAGUCGUGUGAAAACGAAGCUUGUGGAUACAAACUCAUUGUAAAAGAAAUGAACUGGACUGAAGCUAAGGAUUAUUGCAAUGUAAACGGAGGACAACUUGCUACGAUAAAAUCUCUUCAUAAACAAAUGUUUCUGAACGAUUUCCUUAAUCAAGUUGAAAUUAACGAUAAGCGUGUAUGGAUUGGAGCAUCAGAUACUUUGGUGGAAGGUACAUUUGUCUGGAUAGAUGGAACUACCUUUUCUGCAUUCUGCAUUUACCUAUUGGGAACCAGGCCAGCCAAAUAGCUAUCUUGGCAACCAAGACUGUGUCGACUUAGUCAACUUGAAUGGAAAAUGGAAGUGGAGUGACAAUUGGUGUAAAGAAAAACGAUCUAGCAUAUGUGAAUUUAAUUGAUGUCAUGCGUGCAUGCAUGUUUCGAGGUAAAGGAGGGGGGCAUAAAUUUUGGGAAACUCUUUCUACACACGGUAUCCAAAAGUAACAAUCUUAACGUUCUUUUUCUUCAGUGUUACUGCUGCCUAUUCAAAAAAAAAAUGAGGCAUGUAAUAUGUAAUUUUAUUAUGAAUCCAAUUAAUUGCAUUUCAAUAGAAAAUUGUUUAGAUAAUAGUUAUUAAACGUUCAUCAGUUGCAGCAGCCAUUUCGUUGAUCACAUUUCUGCCAACCUAAUCUCUUUCAUCAUUCAAACUAAUUGAUACAAACAACGUUUUGAAGUUUUUGAUUACAAAGUAUUAAUGGGAAUGCAUCUAGCUGAGCAGUGUCAAAGAAAAUAGCACUUUACUAUCUAUUUUAUUUUUUGAAUCUUGAUUUCAAGACGCAUAAUAAAACUCAAAAUGAGCGCUUACUUUACCCGAUUUACAUUCGGAACAUUUUCACUAGUCUCGGACUUUAUCAUAUGUUUAACAUUGUGCUGUUUAACCGUCCAAAAAAAAAUAAACAGAGUUUUCUUUGUACACAUGAGCGUCCAAUACGGUAAUAUAUUGUACGAUUACGUUCUGCACAUUAAACCUUCACAAAUCCGUAAAUAAAAAGGAUAUAUAAUAAAACUCUAUAUUUAUGACUGAGCGAUAUAUUUGAUGAUAUACUUCAGAACUACUAAAGGUACUUUUU